AUGAUAGUGGGGCAUGUCCUACUCCGUGGAGAAGUUUCAGGAGGAAGUGAAGGCGAAGAUGAGGUGGGAAACACAGGUGACAAAGGCGUUGGAUAUCACAGUGUUCUGCACGAACAUAACAGAGAACAUUUUCAUCGGCCCCAUAACAAACCUGUUGCAGGAUAUCACAAACAACCCCUUGAUAAGUUGACUAAAAGAAUAAAGGUUACUUAUGAAGAGCUCAUUCUAUUGAAGCAAGGUCUAAUGUCAGUUAACCAGAACACUGAUAAGUUCUAUGAGCUUAUAGUGAGGAGUCAGGUGGUGGAGAGUGACCAUCAAGCCAUUGCAAGGUAUCGGUCUGGGUUGCGAUCCGAUAUUCAAAGAGAACUAAUGAAGCAAAGAUUGAUGAGCAUUGAGGAAAUGUAUCAGGUGUCAUUAAGGAUUAAGGCACAAGGUGGAUAA